AUGUCGACAACAGCAACAACUAGUAAUAAUACGUCGUCGGAUAAUAAUACUGAAUUGACACUUGAAAUACCUGUAUGGGUAUAUGGUAAACGUAAAUGGGUAACCGGUAUAACAAAAAAGACAACAUUCGAUGAUCUUAUCUAUGCAUUAUUAGCACAAGCUGAUCUACUUAAAACAUCAGGAAUAACGAAUUCAUCAUCAAAUACUAUCACAGGUUAUGCUAUAGCUGAAUGUAUUCAAUUAACAGCAGCAACAUCAUCAAAUAAUAAUGAAUCCGAACCACCAUCACUUAUUACUCAACGUAUUAUAAAAGGACGUGGUAAAGUAAUUAAAUCAUAUAAGAAUUGGCAAUUUGAUAAAUUACCAUUAACAAUACUUCAUCUUAUAUCAACAACAUCAUUAAUUGAUAAUAAUUCUUCAACAUCAAAAUUUCGUUCGAAGAUCUUUCGUCGUUUUCUAUCAGCUAAAUCACAAUCGUUUUCAUCAAUAUCAUCAUCAUUACUAUCAUCGUCACAAUCGGAUUCAUCAUUAAUAUCUAUUGCUAAUAAUCAAUGCCAAUCUCAGUUAUCAUCAUCAUCAUCAUCACCACAUCGUCAAAAAUCUCUAAAUGAUUUUCAUGAAAAUAUGAAUAUUAUCGAACGACAAAAACGUUUACUUGAUUAUCUUGAUGAAAAAAUUCAUCAAACAGAAACUAUAUCUUCACCUAUAUCGAAAACAACCACAACAACAACAACACUACCACGAAAUAUUUAUUCACAAGAUCCAGCAUCUCUAUUAAAUAAUGAAGUUUCAUUAAACGAUGUAUCACGUUUAUUUUCACAUCAAAUUGAUCAACAAGAUCAACUUGUAUUUGCUACACAAUUAUGUAAUUCAAUAUUAAAUAUGCAAGAACGUAUAGAUGAAAAAACAAAUAUUCUAUAUGCUGUUGAACAAGCAAUAUCAAAUGAAUUAAAUCAAGUUUUACAUCAACAACAUUAUGAUACAUUACCAAGUACAUUACCAACAAAUUUAAAUGAAAAUAAUUCUCAAAUAUCAAAUGAUUUAAUAUCAUUAAAAAAUUCGAUAUAUCGUAGUAGAGAAUUAUCUAGAAUACAAUCGAAAGAAAUGCAUGAUUUAGAUUUAUCAUUACGUGAAAUAGAAAUUUUACUUGCGUCAAAAUAUGAUGAAUUAAAAUAUCUUGAAUAUGAAACAUCAUCAAAUGUAAUGACAACAUCAAGAUGUGUAACACCAAAUUAUUUAGCACAACAACAACAGCCACAACAACAAAAUUUUCGAACAAAUAUUGAUGAACAAUCGACAUAUGAUACACUUGAUAUUGCAACAACAACUAAUGUUGCAUUUACGUCUAUAAAAGAAGCUGAUGAAGAUUCAGGAAUAAAUUCUUUAACAAGUGAUGAUAGUAAUCAUCAUACAAUGUCUCUUAUUCAUCAAAAAAAUUAUAUGCAGAAUACUCAACUCGAAACACUUGUCUAA